AUGAGGAAGCUCUGGAAUCCAGUCACACAGCUAAAGCAAUUAUGCACUGGGCAAAGCACGGAACCGGUUACGGCUGGGUAUCGAUUAUCACCUCCUGAAAAAAUGCCAAAAAGCGUAAGGAGUAUAAUGACGAAGUGUUGCUUUCCGGGGAAUCCAGAAGAAAGGAGUCGGAUGUCUGAGAUACGGGCCGCACUCGAAGAUGUCAUGCAACCGCAGUCAAUCGAAAGAUCGCUUUGA